ACUACGAAAGUCCUUCCCAAAUAAAUUGCGUUGCGAAGAAAAAUACGAAAAAAAUAGCAAGAAAACUAAAGUUAUAAAGCAGAUGAGUGACAGACUACCAGUGAUGGCCUUUGCUAACAACAUUCUUCCUAACUACCCCAUUUCGCAUCAUUGGAAGUUAGGAAGUACACAAUCUGACAAAGAAGACUACCUAAAUACAGUUGUUGUUAUAACAAAUCAAGUGGUUAAAUUGCCAGAUCUUGAAGCAAAAAACGAGAAGACUUUCCAAGAUUUACAAAAUGCUUUAAAAUGCCUUACGGAAGCGACUGUCAUGAGUCGAUCCUGCUUGCAAAUUGUUGAAAAACAGUUGAAUGAUAUCAAAGACAUUGAUGAAAGUGUUGUGAAAAACCUGAGAAAACUGAAAGAACGCCUUUCAAAAUUUAUUGGUUACCUUGAUAAAAUUUUGCUGUUUUAUUCAGAUAUGAAUAACGUUGUUGAUGUGAAACCUAGCCUUGAAAAUGUAAAGGAAAGCACAGAAAAGUUAAAGAGUGUUCUUAAGAAGAUGAAUAAGGACAAACUACCAGAUUUGUUUUCAUGUUACUCCGAAAGAGAUUGUCCGAAAGUUAUUCCGGAAGAGAUCCUUUGUGCAUUUGUUGGCCUACAAAGUGAUGUUGCUCAAAGACUCGCCAAUUUGGACCCUGAUGUCCGAAGUCACCAAACUGAUAUGUAUUUUCUUCUACAUUUCAUCUCUGAUGAUUGCAGCAAUGCUGAGGUUGAUUUGAGAAACACCCAAGCAGUUGCAUCCAAGUUGAAAGAAAUGGGAUUUACAGAAAGUCGUUCUCAACUUGUUGCUGGCUGGAUAUCAAAACAGUCUCUACCUGAACACCGGUCAUUGCUAUCCUGGGUGAGAAGAUAUAUUGAGAACAUUUUCAAUUACGAUAUUUUCCUGAAUGAAUCAGUAGAUCUGUUCCCCCAUUCUUCUAACACAAUCAACGAAUGGUUUGAGGUUCAAGUCAAAAUUUACCGGCCACGAACCAGUCAUAUGGUACAAUUCUUCAACACAACGUCUUCUGCUGAGGCACUAAAUGCAUGUCAGAAACGAGCGCAGGAGUCGGGUUCGAAAUGUUGGUUCCAUGGAACAGAUCACAAGGCUGCAAAUAACAUUGUUGAGAAUGGCAUUAUCCUUAAUAAUGGGGCGACAAAUCUUGAUUUUUCACACGGUAGUGGUUUCUAUUUGAACCCGGAUUGCCAAAAAACAGUAGAGUGGAUAAGCUCAGCAAAGGCUGGUGCAAUAAUCAUGUUCAAAGCGUUAGAAAGAACUGAAUUCAAAUGUCUCAACCUAGAAAGCAAUACAGAACACUGGAGUAGAGUAGUAAAGUGGAACCGAAGCGGUGAAGAUAGAGAUGAGAGCUUGGAUGAAGACUUCGAAGAAGAGUAUGAAGAGUGUGAUUACAUUCAAGGUCCAGUGAGUAUUGAUGGUGCUAAGAACACUGGCACAAAUUGGGAGCCCCAACCUUCUGACGCACAGCAAAUAUGUGUAAAGUCAAAAAAGAUGGCUUCUGCUAUUGGACGACAAACCAACAUAAUUGGUGUUGUGUGCUGGAACUCAAUUUAAAAUGCCGUCUCAGUUUUGAUGUACAUAGGCUAUUACACAGUUGUUUGUGUAUUGUGUUAAAUUCAUAUGCUUAAUAUUCAGUUUACCAAAACGUUUACCAAUAGGAUUUGGGAGGUUAUUCUUUGACUGGUCUUUGAGUUUCCUGUUUGAUUAGGGCUAACCGUGUGUGAGUUUUCAUACAAGCAUUUCAUACAACUCCCGCUCCUCUUUUCCAAGUGGUUUUUGAAGGAGUGCUUUGGCCCGUUGUUAAGGCGGGUUGCUGGUCUGUUGAAUAUAAAAAAUAAAUCCGUAAAAUAGGAAAUGUUCAAAUUAAUAUGAGAUUGCUCCAGAAGUAUUCAUUGAAAAUGAGCAUGCUGAAAUCCAACUGGUC